CCAAAGGCUGCAAGUGGGUUUUCUUUGGGGCAGCCAUGGGGCCAGGCCUGAUCCUGCCAGCAACUCUCCUGCUUCUGGGUCCCUCCUUAGUCUUUGGAAUGGAAGGAAGACUCAACCCCCCAGCCCCCCAGUUCCUGUACCAGGGCAAGCAUGAGUGCCACCACGCCAACGGGACUCGCGGCGAGGUGCGCUACCUGGAGAGGCACUUCUAUGGCCGCCAGGAGUUCGUGCGCUUCGACAGCCGCCGCGGGACCUUCGAGGCCGUCACGGAGCUGGGCCGGCCCGCCGCCGACGCCUGGAACAGCCAGAAGGAGACCCUGGACUACCAGCGGGCCUCCGUGGAUCGCUACUGCCGCUACAACUACCAGAUCUACGAGCACUUCCUCACCACCAGGAAGGUUCAGCCCACAGUGAAAAUCUCCCCCACCAGGGCAGACCCCCUGUCCCACCACAGCCUCCUGAUCUGCACGGUGGCAGGAUAUUAUCCCUCGGGGGCUAAGAUCAAGUGGCUGAAGAACGGGCAGGAGCAGACAGAAGGUGUGGGAUACUCGGAGGAGUUCCGGGACGGAGACUGGACCUUCCAGAACCAGGCGAUGCUGGAGACGGUGCCCAAGCGGGGGGACGUCUACACGUGCCAGGUGGAGCACAGGAGCCUGGAGGAGCCCCUCACUGUGCAGUGGGAGUCACGGAGGUCAGACUCUGCCAAGAGCAAAGUGUGGACGGGGGCUGUAGGGGCUGUGCUGGGGGCGGUCUUUGUGGCCGUGGGACUCUCCCUCUACCUGAAGAAGAGAAAAGCAGCUUUCACCGCUCCUGCUGCAGGUCUCAUGAGUCAGUCCUGAUGGCUCCAGAUCUUUCAUCCAGAAAAGGAUUUUCUUUAGCAAACAAGAUGCUCGCGUAGUUCCACUGAUUCCCUCCGCCCCAACACACGGGAAGGAACCUGUGCUCAGGCCGUGUUUCAUCUGACUGUUGCUAAAAUUGCUCUUGGGUCCUGCUGGGAUGGCUGGCAAGUCCGUGAUUUCGCAAGAUCUCCCGCUAACAGCUGCAGCUGCAAAUGGACUACAAAAAGGCAUUUAUUAAUCUUCCUUGAUGUCUUUAACUGGAGGAACCAUUUCGUGAUUGGAUUUUGUCUAAUUAAAAAAAACUUUAUAGAGAGUUGUCUGUGUGGGUUUCAGCAAAAUCCAAGUUGCCCCUGAGGAGCUGUGAAGGUUGUGGGUUUGCAACGGAGCCUUUUAACCAAAGUCUGUAGAUUUAUCACACCCUUCCUCUGAGCAUUGAGCAGAUUGCAGGGUUAUUCCCCCCCUCACCCUGCUUUCCCCCCACAGCCCUCUAUGGUAGGCCAAGCAGGAAGUGUGAAUGGCCCAAGUUAAGCUCCUGGCGAAAGGAGACCUUGGGUUCCCUGGGGCCAGAGAGCUGCGCUAGAGUCCCUCUUUCAAAGGAAGGAAACGGCACUGUGAGGUGGUUGUUCUUGGCUGAGUAUGUGGGACUGGCCCAAGGCCACCCAGCAAGCUUCAGUGGCAGAGUGAGGGUUGGAUCUCGGCCACUUAGAUCCUAGCCAAAUGCUCUAACCACUACACAAUACAGGCUCUGAUAGGCGAGGGAAUUUGUCAAACUUGGUUUGUUUUGUAACAACAGUGCUAUUUUCCAGCCUGGAGGAGGGUUCUGCAGACAAUCUGUGCAGGAAAAAUGAAUAGCAACAAACUCUUUAAACCGGGGGGAAGCAGGCUCAAGAACAGUCACCAACCAACUCUUAACAAUGAAGAAAAAACACCCCUACCGCAUCAAAAGCAAGUUGAAUGUUUAGAAAACUGCCACUCCCUUCGUACCCCCCCUUCUUUUGGUAAAUCCCAAAGGCAGAGAGCAGCCAAAGGAUGAGGAACCACUCACAGCACAAGCUCUCCUCUCUCCCGAAAUCUCACACAACGUGGAGCCUGCUCUGAGCCAGGCCUGCUUUUUAUGGCUUUGCAGAAUUUGAAAAAGGCUCUGUCCCAUCAAACAACCCCUGAACGGCCAGGCAAGAAGAGCUCCUCCACCCGUGGUCCCUUCCUCAUUCACUCCCCCUCCUUUUGCCUCCCCCCUCCCCUGGAAGAAAAAGGCCAGGAAAAAAGAGGGGAGAGACUGCAGAAGCUUUAGAAGGGUUGGAGCUGCUUCGCUGGAUAAACCUGAGUAUGUGUAUUAUGGUUUUAUGAAAUUGUAUUGUGACUCUUUUUAACUGAUGUAAUCCGCCCUGAGCCCAUUUGUUGGGAGG